UACCUAGCCACAUUUCUACACAACACAACCAAAAAAGAAAUCCAAAUAUCCGAACAAACAAAAAAGACAUGACGGUUUUUGCCGAACAUAACUAAACUUGUCUUUUUUUUCUUUUCUUCACAUGACCACACUUUAUUCACCCUCCUCCGCCGCAGAAUCCACCAUGGAAGACACCUCUAACCACCACCACCGGUCGAAGAAGAACAAGCUCCGCCGCCGUCCCCCAACCACCGGAGAUUCUGACUUGGAGGAAGCAGAGGACGGCGAUCCCGAGGUGUGGGCGACACUGAACAAGAGUUUCCGGCAGGUGCAGUCGGUGCUUGACCGGAACAGGGCAAUAAUUCAACAGGUGAACGAGAAUCAACAAUCUAGAAUGGCAGAUAACAUGGUAAAAAACGUGUCUUUGAUUCAAGAACUUAAUGGAAACAUUUCAAAGGUUGCUUCUUUGUAUUCCGAUCUUAAUUCUGAUUUCACUGGUAUUUGUCAACAACGUUCUUCUCAUACACGUGCCAAAUAACAAGAUCUAUUGUUGUUGUUGUUGUUGAAGUGUUGAACAAUUGUGAUGGUAGUUUUGAGGUUUUGUUUUGUCAUCAUGUCAAUUGUCAAUAAGGACGAUGAAGGCGAAGCAAUAUUGUAUCGUCCCUCUUGGAUUUCUACUUCUAGUUACUCCCCUGGUUGAGAGAGUUGGAUCAUCAAAAGUUGAUGUAUUUAGUCUAAAUUGUUUGACUCAAAUUUCUCUUAUGAUCCAAGGGAGUAAUAAUUAACAUAUAUAGAAUAUGAGGUGUCUAUGAUGUUUUCUUCUUUUUUAUUGAUGGUCUCUUGUGUUGUGUCUCCUUGUUGUAGAAUAAGUUUUUCUUAUUCUACCUCAAAUUGUUGUUGUUGGUGUACUUGAGAAUCAAUAAUAAACUAGUAUUUCUAAAUCA